UCCGUCGUGUUAUCGAAACUUCACCAUACAAAACUUUAUCACACAUUGCUCUAGACAUGAGUCAAAUGCUGCCAAAAUUUUCUUGGCCAGGCGACGGCCUCUCCCGUUGGGCCAACGACUCGUGUUUGCAACACAUCUUCGCAAUUUCCUUGUGGACAAGGAGUGACAGAGGUCUAUGCUGAGCAAGAAAGGAAUAUAUUAACACAGUUGUGAGAUCCUCAACAAGGUUAUCACUAUGGAGACAUAAAUGAUGGUAAAUACAAUUUGAAACUCACACACAUGACUGAGUUCGAACUCGAGACAAGAUGUUCAGUCUAAUAAUAUCGGCAUUUGUCAGUUGAGCUAGACUUUAUAGAUGAUUUGAGUUUUGUGUGAAAUGGGUAGAUUGUAUUAUGUGAGAUUUAAACAGCUAUUAAUUUUUGCUGUUUUUGUUGCUAUUUUAGUUGUUUUUCAAUUUUAUUGGAAAACAUUUUCUCUGUUGGAUGAUUCUAGAUUCAUUGGAAACAAUGUUGCUUUUGACCCUUAUUCAUUAGAACAUGAUUUUGAUGAUUAUGAGAAAGAAGAACAAGGUUUGGAUUUGGACUAUGAAUUUGAAUAUGAUGAGGGAAGAAAUUCAAGAAAUGAAGAAACCCUUAAAAGUAAGGGUUUUGAAGUGGAAAAUCAUGAAAAGGAAUCACAAGAGAUUCCUUCAAAUGGAAGUGGAAUGCAAAGUAUGAAAAUUUCUGUGUCUAUGUUGAAUGAUAAAUCAUUGAAAGGUUCUUCGACCGAAUCGACCCGAUUGAGUAAGUUGAUAUGGCCAACUUCAUUAACACAAUUGAACUCUAAGUUGCUUCACAGUUUUAAUGAUUCUUCAAUGAGGCCGAAAUGGUCUUCGCGACGUGACCGUGAACUCUUAUCUGCAAAAUUGGAGAUUGAAAAUGCAAAUGUAAUAUCAAAAUCUUCAGGACUUUAUGCACCGGUUUAUCGAGAUGUUUCCAAGUUUUCAAGGAGUUAUGAACUGAUGGAGCAGAAGCUCAAAGUUUAUAUCUAUAGAGAAGGAGAAAAACCAAUAUUUCAUCAACCAAAGAUGAGAGGAAUAUAUGCCUCAGAAGGGUGGUUUAUGAAACUAAUGGAAGGAAAUAAAAGAUUCAUUGUGAAGGAUCCGAAAAAAGCUCAUUUAUUUUACCUUCCUUUCGGUUCACAAAUGCUAAGGGCCAAUCUUUCUGACAAGAAGAAAAUGGAGCAAUACCUUGAGAGAUAUGUGAAUUUAAUCGCGGGAAGAUAUCGUUUCUGGAACCGAACUGGAGGAUCAGACCAUUUUCUUGUCGCCUGUCAUGAUUGGGCCUCUCGAAUCACAAGUCAACCGAUGAAAAGCUGUAUUAGGUCUCUUUGCAAUGCUAAUGUUGCUAGAGGUUUUCAAAUAGGCAAGGACACUACUCUACCUGUUACAUACAUACAUUCAGUGAUGAAUCCACUAAGAAAAGUUGCAGGUAAACCUCCUUCAGAAAGGACUAUCCUAGCCUUUUUCGCAGGAAGCAUGCAUGGUUACCUCCGUCCAAUCCUACUAAAACAUUGGGAGGAGAAAGAACCUGACAUGAAAAUUUUCGGUCCUAUGGCACGUGACGCGGAAGGUAAAAGAAUUUAUAUGGAGUACAUGACUAGUAGCAAAUAUUGCAUAUGUGCUAGAGGUUAUGAAGUUCAUACACCAAGAAUUGUUGAGGCGAUAUUUUCCGAGUGUGUUCCGGUUAUCUUAUCGGAUAAUUAUGUGCCUCCUUUUUUUGAGGUGUUGAAUUGGGAAGAAUUUUCGGUAUUUGUUCGUGAACGCGAUGUACCGAAUCUUAGAAACAUACUUCUGUCAAUCUCAGAAGAUAAGUACUUGGCAUUGCAUUUGGGAGUUAAGAAUGUUCAGCAGCAUUUUCUGUGGCACAAAGUUUCUGUUAAGUAUGAUUUAUUUCAUAUGAUUCUUCACUCUAUAUGGAACAAUAGACUUUCUCAUAUUAAACUCAAAUAAUUAUUAUAUCAUUCAUUGAUGUUAACAAGUUCAAGAUAUUGAUU